CCUCCCCGGCCGAACCUCCCACCACGUGUCAAAGCUGCAGCCGCAGCAGCAGCCGCAGCUCCAAACGCCCAGCGUGGGUGAAAAGCCAGCGGCGGGGCCCCGCUCUCGCCCGAGCCCCCGGUGCCCGCGGCUGCCGCCUUCCUGCCCGCUGCUCCUGCCGCCGCCGGGCCCGCGGGCCGCGCUCGGGCCCGCCCGGCUCCGCCCGGCCCCGCCCGCCGCCGGCGCCCGCUGCCCCGCCGACGCCGGCAGCGCCUGCCCGCCGCGACAUGAGGACCGCCCUGAAGUGGCUGCUGGGGCUCCUGGGCGCCGCCGUCGUCGUCGUCGCCAUCGCCGUGCCCGUGGCGCUGCUGACCGGCAAGAGUACCCCUGAUUCACGAAAAACGUAUACUCUACAGAAUUAUUUGAAUGGUGACUAUACGUACAAAACAUAUGAUUUGCAGUGGAUUUCAGGAAAUCAGUACCUUCAUGAAACAGCUAAUGGUGACAUCCGACUCUUCGAUGCUGACAGUGGAACAUCUGAAAAAUCCUCAGAAGUCUUCUCAAAUACAACACUAGACAAAUACAAAGCAACCACAGUUCUGUUGUCUCCUGACCAGAAGUUUGCUCUUCUGCAGUACAGCUAUACAAAGUUGUGGAGGCAUUCAUACACAGCUUCGUAUUACAUCUACGAUUUCAAUACAAGUUCCAUCUUAGAUGACAAACUGCUACCUACUGAUAUACAGUGUAUAUCCUGGUCGCCUGUCGGUCACAAACUGGCAUAUGUUUGGGGUAACAAUGUCUAUGUAAAAGCUUCACCAACAGCAGAAGCUGUGCAAAUCACUAAGAAUGGAGAAGAAAAUAAAAUUUUCAAUGGAAUACCAGAUUGGGUUUAUGAAGAGGAAAUGUUUGGCACUCAUUCUGCUCUGUGGUGGUCUCCAAGUGGCAAUUUUCUGGCGUAUGCAUCAUUUAAUGAUACAGAAGUUCCUCUUAUGGAGUAUUCCUUUUAUUCUGAGGAUACCUUGCAGUAUCCAAAGACCAUUAGUCUCCCAUAUCCCAAGGCAGGAGCUAAAAAUCCAACUGUGCAAUUCUUUAUCGUGGAUACCCAAUCACUUCCUGCUUUCAAUUCUACUGAAAUUUCUCCGCCAGAAGAAAUAAACUCAGGGGAUCACUAUUUGAGUGUUGUAACAUGGGUGACAGAUGAAAGGAUCUGUUUGCAGUGGCUUAGAAGAAUUCAGAAUUUUUCAGUCCUCGCAGUCUGUGACUUUGCAAGUGCUACUGGAAAUUGGACAUGUCCAAAGGAAAAACAACGUACGGAAGAAAGUAAAACUGGCUGGAUUGGCUAUUUUCAGCCAUCUGUCCCUUACUUUACACCCGAUAAUACUACCUACUACAAAGUCUUCAGCAAUGCAAUGGGUUACAAGCACAUCCAUUAUAUAAAUGGCUCAGAGGCUCCAAUAGCUAUUACUGAAGGAGAAUGGGAAGUAACCAGCAUAGCAGCUGUAACCAGUAAUUUUUUAUACUACAUCAGCAAUGAAAAUGGUGGAAUGCCAGGAGGAAGAAACCUUUAUAAAGUGCUCUUGGAAAGCAGUCCAAGUUCUACUAAAUGUGUUAGCUGUGAUCUGAAUGAAGAAAGAUGCCAGUAUUAUUCUGUGUCCUUCAGCGAAGAUGCACAGUAUUAUCAGCUAGUUUGUUAUGGUCCUGGACUGCCCAUGUCUACUUUGCACAGAAGCAGCGAUGAUAAUGUCAUCAGGUAUUUGGAAAAUAACACUGAACUGGAAAAUUCAUUGAAAGAUAUUCAAAUGCCUUCAAAAAAAAUUGGCUCCAUUAGUGUAGCUGGAUAUGACCUAUGGUAUCAAAUGAUUUUGCCUCCCCAUUUCGAUUCAUCAAAGAAGUACCCUCUGCUCCUUGAAGUGUAUGCAGGACCCUGUAGUCAGAAAGUAGAUAAUGUCUUCCGGAUCAACUGGGCCACUUACCUCGCAAGCACAGAACAGAUCAUCGUGGCCAGCUUUGAUGGUCGAGGAAGUGGCUACCAAGGAGACGAAAUUAUGCAUGCAAUAAACCGAAGACUAGGAACAUAUGAAGUGGAAGACCAGAUAGCAUCAGCCAGAAAAUUUUCUGAAAUGAGCUUUGUCGAUAAGGACAGAAUAGCUCUUUGGGGUUGGUCUUACGGGGGAUAUGUGACCUCCAUGGUGCUUGGCUCUGGAAGCGGAGUGUUCAAGUGUGGAAUAGCGGUUGCCCCCGUGUCAAGCUGGCAAUAUUAUGAUUCAAUAUACACGGAGCGAUACAUGGGCCUUCCUACAGAAAGUGAUAAUCUGAAAAACUAUAAUAGUUCAACAGUAAUGGCCAGAGCUGAAAAAUUCAAGCAAGUUGACUAUCUCCUUAUUCAUGGAACAGCAGAUGAUAAUGUUCACUUUCAGCAAGCAGCGCAGAUUUCCAAAGCUCUUGUUGAUGCUGAGGUGGAUUUUCAGGCAAUGUGGUAUACCGACAAAGACCAUGCCAUUAGUGGUCAAGCACAUAAGCAUAUUUAUACCCAUAUGAGCCAUUUCAUAAAACAGUGUUUCUCACUGCCCUAGCACAGGAACAGCACCAGCACUUUGGCUGUUAGCGAUGGUACGUCUCCAGAAAACUCUUUAGCUCAAUGUACACUGAGCAAAUAUAAACUUUAUGAAUGAAGAUGAGGGUAGAGGUUAACUCCUGGAUACCUGUGAACACAAUGAAAUGCUAAUCUUUAUGAUGAUUUCUCUUGCCGGGCAACUAUUGCAUUUUUAUUGAUUGUGUUGAAUCAGGUCACUAAAAAUGUAUGUAUGCUGUCAAACUUGAAAAGCAUAGCACUUGCUUUGCACUAGUACCUUUUCAGUCUAAAAGGGAGACAGUCCAGUUUCUAUUUUGGUGUAAUGAAUACUGAAAAUAAUGUCACAGAGCAAAUGAACUGAUGUGGAGAGCAGUUUAGGAAUGCUAAUAAUAAUUGGCAACACUUCCAUAGAGAGCUAUUUCUUUCUACUGGAAUUAAAAAACAAACAAACAAACAAACAAACCCCUGUGAUUAUUUCUGUGAAAAUACUGAUGACCCUUUAAAUAGAUUUCUGCAGAAAUUACCUAAUUUUUGAUCACUGGCUUUUAGCUAAAGUCUUAUGAAUCCUGCAAAGUUAAUAUUUUCUAUAUAGAAUGAAACACCUCGCUUAGUGCCUAAAUUUAGUAUUAUUUUCUCUGCAAUCUCUUGGAUGACAAUUGUUUAAGUCCUGCAAAGAAAGCAUGUAACUAGUGUUCAGCAAAGAUUCUGAAUGAUACCUACUCAAACCCAUUGCACUGCAUUUUGCUUCCUACCAUAGUACUGUGAUGUGUGCUUCCUUUAUGGUCAAAAAGGCUGGUACUAUGGGAAUAUGCACUGGUGAAUUCUUAUCUGGGGGCUCUGGGAACCCAUUACUGUUCCUCUGUGGGUCAGAAAUUCUGUAUCUUUUUUUCUGUUUCCUAUUUACCUGUGAAUGGGAUAUAUUGGUGGCGCUCAAAUGCAAAACUUUACAAUGCAACCUAGCAGUUAAAGCAAGGACUGGACUAUAACUCUUGUGUGAAUGUGCUAUUUAGCAAACCUGCUUUUUCCUUGGAGCCUACCCAUACACUUCUGCGUUAGUCUCAGCACUCCAGGUAGGCUUCCGCUCUGAAGCUAAGACUUACAUUUUCUUAAAUUUCACAUACAUAGAAAAGAUGCAAACCAACUUGUACUACAAACUGUGCUGCUUUAAAAUAGUAAAGAAAGACAUUAAGUUAUGGAAGGAUGUGUGUUCUGUAUAACUGGAUAUCCUGGCUCCAGAAUUAAUUCCUAUAAUUUUACAAAAAUAAAUAAAUACAUUAAUUUUGAGAGAGA